GAGGGAUGUGUCCAGUCCACUCACACCUCCACACAGAAAAUCAGUGGGGCUUUAGAGAGACAGACAGGGAGCCAGCGGAGCAGCGGCACGGGGACAUACAAGGACACAGAGACAGAGACACAGCGGGAUAACGGCUGCCAUGCCCGGGUCCGUGUGAGCAGCUCUUACAGGUCCACCGCAGCAUGGCGACGGUAGAAGGAGCCGAUCCGCGCGAGGAAGGGGAGUACGGAAGGGCGGCAAAACGGCAGAAAACGGAGGAGAGGGAGGCGGAGGCGGAGGAGAGAGAUGAGAGAGAGGAAAGAGAGCAGAGAGAGGAGGGGGAGGAGGAGCUGGAGGAGGGGGAGGAUUCGGACUCCGGCUCGCUGGCCGGUAACGUAGAGUCAGCGGGGGAGAACCCGGCCCGCUGGAGCGGCAGCCAACACGGAGCAGGACGGAAGGAUAAUGGUGAGGAGUCCCAUCGCAUCUCUCCCAGCCCCGUGGUCCACGUGAGGGGGCUUUGUGAGGCCGUGGUGGAAGCAGACCUGAUAGAUGCCCUGGAGAAGUUUGGAUCCAUAUGUUAUGUGAUGAUGAUGCCGUUCAAGCGCCAGGCCCUGGUGGAGUUCUCUGCCGUGGAGAGCGCGGACCGCUGUGUGUCCUGUGGAGCCAAGGAGCCAGUGUACAUCGCAGGUCAGCAGGCGUACUUUAAUUACUCCACAUCCAAGAGAAUCACCAGGCCCACCAACGCUGACAACCCCAACAGUGGCAACAAGGUCCUGCUGCUGUCCAUCCAGAACCCCCUGUACCCCAUCACCACGGAUGUUCUGUACACGGUGUGUAACCCCAUCGGCAGUGUGCUGAGGAUCGUCAUCUUCAAACGAAAUGGAAUCCAGGCCAUGGUGGAGUUUGAGUCUGUUCAGUGUGCUCAGAAGGCCAAAGCUGCUCUGAACGGAGCUGACAUCUAUGCUGGCUGCUGUACACUCAAGAUCGAAUAUGCAAGGCCAACACGUCUGAACGUGAUUAAGAAUGACAACGAGAGCUGGGACUACACCAAACCAUACCUGGUCAGACGAGACCGUGGAAAGGGAAGGCAGAGACAGGCCAUUUUAGGAGAGCACCCCUCGUCCUACAGUGAUAACGGCUAUGGCCCCCCCUGCCCCCUGUUGCCUCUGCCCGGCAGCAGCAGGUACAAGCUGGGCUCGGUGGAUGUCCCAGACAUGGUGUCCUACCCUCUGCCACAGUCCUCCUCCUCCUACUCUGGACACGCCCCCAGCUCUGUUGCCAUGGUGAGCGGCCUCCAUUCGUCCAAGAUGAACUGCACCCGCAUCUUCAACCUCUUCUGCCUCUACGGAAACAUCGAGAAGGUGAAGUUCAUGAAGAGUGUUCCGGGCACAGCGUUGGUGGAGAUGGGAGAUGAGUAUGCUGUGGACCGAGCCAUCACACACCUCAACUCCAUCAAGGUGUUUGGCAAGAGACUCAAUGUCUGUGUGUCUAAGCAGCAUGCAGUGAUCCCCAGCCAGGUGUUUGAGUUGGAGGACGGCAGCAGCAGCUACAAGGACUUUGCCAUGACCCGGAAUAACCGCUUCAGCAGCGCAGGGCAGGCGUCCAAAAACAUCAUCCAGCCUCCGUCUGCAGUGCUGCACUACUACAACGUCCCCCCAUGCAUAUCGCAGGACCACCUGCUGAGGCUGUGUACGGAGCAUGAUGUGCCAGGCUUUGUCAAAUUCAAGAUGUUUGAUGCCAAACCCUCCUCUAAGACCAUCUCUGGCCUGCUGGAGUUUGACAGUAAGACGGAGGCGGUGGAGGUUCUGACUGUCCUCAACCACUAUCAGAUCCGGAUCCCCAAUGGAUCCAACCCAUACACCCUGAAACUGUGCUUCUCCACUUCAUCUCAUCUAUAAAAGAAGAAGAGGCGGGAGGGGGGAGCCUGAGACACAGACACCCAGAGGUGGAGGAUCAAACGAUGGACAGACUGAGAGAGAUGUGGCCUUUAGGUGAUAAGAUGAGUGGUGGACACUGUCACACCAAACACACACACACUCAGCCCCCCAGACCAAUCACAGCUCAGCAUGCUACUCUACAGAGUGGUGCUGUGGUGACAUGUUUCUGUAGGCCAGCCCAGAAGUUAGCAUCGCAAGGGCUCCCUCAACAAAAAGACAAUGGGAUUCCUCCAAAUAAUUGCAGAAAAUAAUCUCUGUGGCAAACACACUCUCAUGAUAAAUGGACGUUUAGUUCAGCAGGAUAAUCUGCACAUAUUAACGCCACUUUAUGAUUUUUAACGCGUAAAUGCAGUUGACAGAAGUAAAACGCUUUAGGAUAUAAAGAAACUACAUCACGGUCACAUGACUGCCUGUCACCACAGCUAAGCUGAAGGCAGACUCGGCAUGGCGGUGUUUAGUCGUUUAUUUACUCCCUUGUUAGCUACUGCUGUUUUUAUGACACAUAGCAGCUUCCAACAUUCACAAGUAUCGUAAUUACAGUCUUGUUUUAUAUCUUUGAAUAAAACAAGAACCUCUGGAAAGCUUGUUUAACCUCAGACCUUAUUUCUGCCUUCUAACCAAAAACAUGUUCAAUAAACCUUGGACUUCGAGACGAGGGAACCGGAAGUGCUAAAUCAAGGUUUAGGACUCCUUCCUGCACCACUCUAUAACGACUGACAGACACUCUCUUUUUUCCAAUCCUAAGUCCAGUUUGGACAUCUUUAAAAUGAUGAUUUUAUAAAGGUGGUGACUGAAACAAUAUUGUAUUAUUUUAAACCAGGUACAUAUGGUGUGUUGUUUUAAAUUGUCAUUGAACACAUAUAGUAGAUGUGACUUUGACUUUAACAAAAGUUCUCAUGUAGACAUCAUUAGUGCCAUUUAAGGAUGGAAGUGUCACUCCACUGUCUGUGGGAGCCCGGAGUGGUAUGUGCUGUUAACAAAUGACCUUUAAUGUACGUAGGAGAGUUGUUGUGAUUAAUUUUAGCUCUACAGGGAUUAAUUAAGGUCCGUCUUAUCUUAUCAGUCCCACCAUCGCCAUAUAAGUGCAAGAAAACUUAAGAAGUAUCAAAUUCAAAUGAGCAGAUGAGAUUUACUGAGCACAUUCAUCCUUGUCAUCCGGUAACUUCGUAACAUUUUGGGCACUCUGUGAUCUUCCCUUUAGUGCCACCUCAGGCCAAGAUACCAUGGAAGAAUCAUUUUCGUUAUAAAGCUUUUAGGAACUUUUUUCUAGCACCCUCCUCUAGAUGCUACUGGCGAAGCUCUAGGAAUUGCAAAGUUAUUCAUGCGUUUUUGUCCUGUCAUUCAAACUAUGGGCUGUAAUGAAAGCAGGAUUUCAGACUUUGAUGCUUCUAGUUUGACAGCACUACAUGUUAUAAAUGGAAUGACCACAGUUAUUGCACAUGGAAGAGCUAGUGAGAAACAAUGAGCUUCAAAGGUAGUCCAUAUGGAAAAUAACUCAGUUAACACAGUGCUGUUUCAAGUCUGCUAUUGUCACAUUAAGGUUACUGGUACUUGAAUUAUUACCAGUCAUUACUGUUAAGAUACUGUUGAUGACAUGUGUUUAGUAUAAAACCUGAACACGACUUAAUGUAUUCAGGCAUCAGAAUCUGAGCUGGAUUUCCUAUCUGAGUAUUGAUCAAAUGAUCAUGUGUUGAGCCUUAAACCAGCUCGGGCAUGGACAUGGAGAGCACAGUUGUUGCUAGAUGCUUUGGCUAGUGAAAUAGGACCUGACACAUCCAUUCAGUCUGAUCGUUGCAGAAAGGUCCCGCCUUUUAUCAUUAUUUCUUUAAUGUGUAUUUUCUCUAGCAACAUCGUGAGAGGUCAUGCUGUCAGAGGAAACUCAUGGAAUACAUUUGUUAAGAUAAUGAGAAGCAAAUUAUUGAGUUUGUUAGGACUUCAUCGGCUGAAUUUUACACACCCACUUUUGCGGCAUGAGGUCACCUCUGAACACACCGCUCUCCAACAAAUGGCAGUUCAGUCAGGGGCCAUUUCCUGCAGGUCGACUGUGCUCAGCACCACAGUGGAGUCAGGCUGCAACCAAACACACCAGGUUUUAAAGAAGGACAUCUAUUAAACAGAUGCACUACUUCUUAAACUGGAGAAAACAACUACUGUAAGAGCAGUUUGUCAAAGUAUAACUAGGAAGUCGCUUUUCCAUCUUUCCCAUAAACACACAACUUGUUUUAGAACCGGCUGAUCUUUAAUAUGCGUACAUUCAACCUUUUAGCACCUUAAAGUGUCCCCUCUGUGCUCGUGCUCAUUUCUGAAACAAAUACUGUAUGUACCUAUUUUCACUGCACAUGGAAAUCUACUGGAAUGACAUCAUAUUAAUGGCUGUUGUAUUAUUUUUCAAAUCUAAUGUUGAUGCAAGAUUUGUUGGUGUGUUUUGCAUCAAACAUGUGAAUUAAUAAGCUACCUUAAAUCUGAGAGGAUGAUCGGACACGCUCAGCAGUUUGUUCCAUCCUGUAUCGCAGAUUUCACUGCUCGGAGCUUUUCUUUAAGAAUGUGGGCAUCCAUAACACUUGUUAAUUAAGGCAUGCUUUCUGUAUAUAACGUGUAAAUAAGUAAGCAUUGUGAAAGGUUGUCGUCAGAGGAAUCCCGCUUUGUUUGCAGUUAGAGUAAAGUUCAUUUUGAUGUCGUUUGUACGUCUCUUACAGUACUUGAAUCUUACUGUAUUUCUAAGGUUUUGUUUGAAGUAUUUUUAAGCCUUUAAUGCAGUUUGAUAACACUGAUGUGAGGACUGACAGUAUGAGACAGAUCAGCAGGUUUCUCAUGGUUCUGACUCUGUAAAGAUUAAAUGUUGUUAACUGUCUGUAAUCACUAACAGAACACUCAGAACUAUAGUGCUCAAUUAAUCUAAACAUCUCUGUGGUUGUAACUUAUAUGUACAUGUUGAAAUGGAAUAAAUUCAGGUUUGGAGCUGUCAGGUCAGCUUCACACAGCUCAUCCCA